UAGAAAUAAAAAUCCAAAAUGGGUGCGUUAAAUUAGGUACAGUACCACCAACAGACUUUACCCGUCUUGCCUUGCCCUCCGAUUUUUCUUGGCUCGUUCCUGGCUGAAGUCUAAAAGGGUUAAUAUUUUGUCCGUGCGAUGGCGCUUAUGUCUCAGAAAUAGUUAUCCUUGGGCAUUUUGGAAUGCGCCAAGGAAAAAAGAUCAAACUGAAAAUUAAAAAGAGAAAACAGUUGUGGUACGCUACCGACCUUCAAGUUACAACCGACCCCCUUGUGUCUGCAUUUCCCGUAGAUGACAAUCAGUAGACCAUAAGGCUUGACGAGUUUCGACUUCCGACUUACUCGGACAAAACAGUUGCAGUGAAUGACGGAUGUUACUGCAGACAUUACACGGAUAAUGGGCAAUGGCCGGUGCUUGACAUGGCCGGAGCUAUUGGUUCAACCGUCGGGCCUCAGAGCCCAUUGAAUCGUAAUCUUGAACGGCUUUUAGAAGAAGCUCAAAUAAGUGGUGAAUUGCGUGUUAGUUGUCGUCGCCUAAGAGAAUUCCCCAAAGUGGCUAGCAAGUACAACCUCCAUGACACUGUUUAUACUGAUUUGUCGAAAAAUAAAUUAUCAGAACUGCCCAGUGAAAUAACACGAUUUACAGCUUUAGAGAAGCUAAAUCUGUAUCACAAUGUAAUCCGAUUCAUUCCAGAUACUGUAACGUUCCUUCAAUGUCUUACAUAUUUAGACAUCAGUCGCAAUCAGCUUAGUGUACUACCACCAUAUCUUUGCAAGUUACCCUUGCAAGUUUUGCUGGUUAGUCAUAAUAGGUUGGUGAGUUUACCAGAAGAAAUCAAUCAGUUGUCCAAGCUGAUCGAGCUAGAUGCAUCAUGCAACCAGCUCAGUCACCUUCCCGUUCAGUUGGGGGACCUCCAACACUUGGAAGCCCUCAAUCUGAGGAAAAACUUUCUGGUUGAACUUCCAAGAGAAUUGAUGUUUCUCCAGUUGGUAACACUUGACAUCAGCGUCAACAGGAUCUCAGCCUUACCUGUGGAACUACGCUAUAUGGUGUCUUUGGUUGACCUAUGUGUUGAACACAAUCCUUUGGCUUCGCCUCCCGCACAUCUAUGCACUCGAGGACGAAUUCACAUUUUCAAGUAUCUUGAAAUCGAAGCCAUUAAAGAAGACAGAAAGCGAGACAUUCUGGAGGGUGGUGAUUGUCGCAGAUUGCCUAGGAAGCCCUCUACUUUGCCGGAUUCUCGCUUUUCAGCCAACGAUCCUCGCCGCAAGAGAUACACUAUCGACAACAGUAAUGGCUUCGGAAACUGUAAUAACAGUAGUAGCAAACAGCCCGUAGUUGUAGAUGGACUCGAUAUGCGCUGGCCGCAGCAGAGCAAUCAGCAAAAUGAUGUUAACCUGCCUACCACGGAAACAGCUCCAUCGUUUACUCCCGCUUCGCUCAAUCAUAACCACCCAGUGAAGACUGAAGAUGAAGACGAUGACGAACAAGGCAACGAAGAAAGACGCAGAGCUGCCCGAAAAAUAUUGGAACACCAAAUGGCAUCGCAAGAUGACCAGAGACUACCCAAUCACGGUCAGACCUAUCGAGAAUACAAAGAGUCUUUACGGCAGCAGCGGAGCAAUGUCUACAAGGUGCGGGAAAAUAGCCACACUCCUAGUCCUGACACCCCUCCGUUGUCCGGUAACCAUACAGUGGAUUAUGGCCGGCAGUUGUUACUUCAAAUGCCGCAACAACAACCACAGCAACGACCAGAAGGAUUUACGCCUUACAAAUCAUGGGAAAGCAAUCCCAACCAAACACCUGCUUCCGAUUCUUCUACUCAACCUCAUCCAUCAUCAUUCGCUUUGACGGGCGAUUUCAGUCGCCCGUUGAGUUUGAACCUCAGUCACGAAGAAAGCAGCAAAAUAAACGUCAAAGCCGUACAGAAAGAAGCUGUCCUUUCGUACGUCAAGGCCAAAACUAGUCCGUCGUCAGUAGCUCAGCCACCGCCCUUCCGCUCACCAACAACAGAGUUGCUCAGCCCUACAUUGCCCUAUCGUUCGCCGCCUGUCGUUCCCAGUUCUACGGUCGAGUCGAACAAUGUAACACCUCCCUACCGCCAACCGCCGCCUGAACCAAUAAACGGAAGUCGCAAGAUUGCCACCGUCAAAGCCGGACCAUCAAUUCUUAGUCGGCAAAAUUCGCUAACAAAUUCCACUAAUGGCAAUCAGACUCCGCCGCCGUCCAAUCCCUCUUCUCAUACAGCUGCCACCGCCAGCUUUACUGUCCGCCGAGAGAUGGAGAGACAACGAGAGGAGAUGGAACAAAUUCAACAUUUGCGCCAAUGCAUCGAAAUGCGGCUCAAAGUGACCUUACCUGACGACCUGUCGUCUGCUCUGCAAGAUGGAGUCGUUUUAUGCCAUCUGGCUAACCACGUCCGACCGCGGUCUGUGGCUAGCAUCCACGUCCCGUCUCCGGCCGUGCCGAAACUAACAGUAGCAAAAUGCCGACGGAAUGUGGAGAACUUUAUCGAAGCUUGCCGUAGAAUUGGUGUUUCUGAGCAGACCUCAUUGUGCGCCUGGGAGGACGUGACGACGGCACCAAACACUAGACGGCUGCUCGAAACCGUGCGGGUCUUGCUUGAUCCCGCCACCUUGGAAAAAGUUCCAUCGGAUGCUUGUAUUCACUUCAUUGCGGCACCUUCUAAUCCGCCUACCCCUCCUCCAACUCCAACUCUAACUCUCACCCCCACCGAGUCAUCCCCAACCCCAUUCGUACUGAUCGAUCCGGCUGAUCAGACGGUAGAUGUGAAUGAAAAUGACCAAAACGUGAAACGUAGUUCCCUUAAAACGAAACGGGUCACUUUUGUUCCGGACAUUGUCGUGGAACACGUUGAACCCGAGGAGUCUGUCGUUCAGGCGCCUUCCGAUAGUAGUUGUUCCCCUAGCGCGAUGGACACCGACCACAAAGACUUGGUUAGAGUGUCGUUGACUGAGUUAUGGCUUUCACAUUCCGCGUUGUUGCUCGUACUUUUGGCAGCCAUCGUUUUCUACCAUUGGCUUCCGGCCGACCAGUAAAGAAUUGUUUAUCGUAAUUUUCUUUUUCCCAUCCCUCCAUUGACCUAGUCGGUUGUAGUACAUACACAGAACAUUUGAAUGAGCAAAAAUAACUUUUAAGUUUUGGGAAACAACAACGAACAUUCCCGUGACCUUAUAGAUUCAGUUUUCACCUAAAAUGAAAUCUGCUUAAUCGCAUGGGUGCCUCGAUAUUUCCGCAAAAAAAAACAAAAGUGAUACAGAUCAUUGCGUAAUUUGUCUUGUAACUUAUUGUAUCGUUUUCUGUCUUGUUCCUAUCGCAUUUUCUUGUCCGGCUUCUCUUUCGGGAUUCGUUCGAAUUUCAACAUUAGCCAACCUUCUCUUUCGUGAUGAAAAUAAUGGCUAUUAACGAGACUCCAGUUUCAAGCUACCUAAAUUGCUUUUUUUUUUCUUUCAGUCUCUAGUGUUUUGUUCCUCUGUGUUCUCAUGCAUAGCUAAUAGUGAUUGUCGAACUGAGUUUCCAAGCAACAAUCGAGCAGCCCAUCUAGAAUUUAGUUUACGAUCAAUGAUCAAUCCCAGAAAGGCGGUUCGUUUAAUUUGUGUAUGUAGUAUAGAGGCCAGUCGCCAUGUCGUAGUAACUCUUGAAUUGAUUACCUUCUCCGGCAGCAAAUUAUUUCAAUACCCCCCUUUUUUUUUUGGUUUUGUUUGUGCGAAAGUAGCCGGAAGUGACUUUACGGAGAGGGCUAGUGAUAAUGAAUAUUGAAAAUACCCUUCAUCAGUAGCAGUAUUUUAGUGCAGUGAUUAUGUGUCGGUGCCUGUUCAGACGCUUGCCUAAAGAGCUUUUUUUUUUUUUCCUUAUUCCAAGGAAUGCAUAAUAUUUUGAGCUAACCAAGAGAUGUAAGCAAAUCAGCAAUUUUAAGAAGAACAAUAAUAUUCAACGGUUGAAUAGCUUGUGUUUGUCGGCUCAUUUUUCGUUUGCAUUGUAGUUUUUUUUCUGACUUUUGGUUGCAUAAUAUACGAUUAGCCAAGCUGGCUAGGGAAAAAACAAAA